AUGGCUAGGCCACCAUAUGAUGAUCCACGUAUCCGAGAGACACCGGGUCUCACCUUCCCCAUUCUUAAUGGGCAGAAAUAUGUCUGCGAUGGGAGCCGCUGCGUACGACUUCCGACAAAAUAUGAGAGUACGUUUGUGUGUCUAUGCCUCACUUUGCAUUCUUUAUAAUGUUUUGUUAUCAUAAGGUUUGAGAGAAGCAGUGGUAGGGAGUGGAUAAUUUAGCUCCCCACAGAAGUUUGCUUGUGUUGAAUAGGCCCACUACCUGUGCAUGUUCUCUUUCCAUUUACAGUGUACAUGGCCAAGGAGAGAGCGACCUCCAAGUCUGGACGCAUCCGACGAACAAAUUGGGAGGAGGAAGUGUAA